CUGCUCCGUAGUACCCAGCCUCAGAAAAACAAGCUCCCGGUCCUCGUGGAGUCACUCUGCGCAGAUGAAACUGCUUGCUUAGCGCGCUUCUAAAUGACAUGGAAUGCAUAGGCUCACAGCCGUGUAUUUAUUCAUAUAUUUUGUAAUUGGGUGUUUGAGCGCAGGCAGGAGAUGGAGGCGUGCUCGAUGAGAGGAGAAAGCACGGACGCGAUAGUGAUGGAUGAUUCUCCCACGGAUGAAAGGGGAAUCCAGGAGCCCUGCCAGAGCGAGAUCCCGGCCGUGUGUCUGUGCCCUCCUGACAGCGAGUGUUCAGCCGAGGCCCAGUUGACAGUCAUCCAGUCUGCAGGGGAGCUAUGUGACAGCUGCAGCAGCCUCGACAGACCCUCUUCCUCCUGCCAACUUUAUCACCAAGUCCCCCAGGGCCCUCAAGUCGGGGCCUACAAUUUGCCAAAUCCCCGAAAGUGUCCCAACCGCUGCCAUUUCGGUCCAAUAAAACCGCACACCUGCCAUGACUGCCAUUCCAACACAACAGGUCCUCAUGCUGACGGGGGCAAUGUGAAGGUGGAACGUUCUGCCCACCAGACGUGCCGGCGCGGCGCGGCGAGAUGUCAUUGGCUGCGAGGGUCAAACGAGAGCGGGAGUCAGAAACCGACGCAGAGGCACGUGGUGACAGUAAGGGACAGAGGAGUCUACUGUAUCCUGAGAAAUUAUUCCCAGGUGAUAGUGGACUACCCGUUAGCGGUGUUGGUGGGUUGUGCCGUGCUGCUGGUGGGAUGUUCACUGGCUGGACUCCUCAUUGGUCCACUGCCCGACUUCUCUGACCCGCUGCUGGGCUUCAAGCCGCGGGGAACACACAUCGGAGUUCGGCAGUCAAGCUUGUCUAAGCUGCAGGAGAACACUGGACCGGGCAGAAAACUGUCUCGUUUACCUCAGCAGCUCAGCAGAAGUUUCGGGGGUGCUGUCAGCGGGGACGGCAGCGGCACCCAGGAGGCCCCCAGGCUUCGCAUCAGGAGGAUGCUGGCCAGAGACUCGUCUCCAGACACGUUCCUCUGUGACGCUCCAGCAGGCGAGCGCUUGGCUCAACUGGUGUUUCGAUCGGAAAACUCAGCCAGUCUCUGGAGUCUGAAGGCCAUUCACGCCAUGUGUGAGAUGGAGCAAUCCAGGAUCCGCUCGCAGGCUCAGUUCCAGGACUUGUGCCAGCAGCAUGUGAGGGGGGGGGCCGAGGGUCCGGCCAGAGGCGGCUGUUGUCCAAGCUGGUCUCUGGGGAAUUACUUGGCUGUCCUCACCAACGCCUCCUGCUGCCUCAGUCUCACCUCACACCAGGUGUCUGAGUCUUUGAACCUUCUCCGGAAAUGCGGCCCCUACUAUCACGAGGGACUUCUAGUGGAGGCCUGUGUUGAAAGACCUGAACUUGGCGGCUGUUCCUCUGUCCCGUCCCGCUGUAAACAGUCUCCCGUGGUGUUCCAAAUCCUGCACUUCCUGGUUGAUAAAGACUUCCUCAGCCCGCAGACCGUUGAAUACCAGAUCCCGACGCUGAAGUACAGCCUUCUCUUCUUACCCGUCGACAAAGGCGAACACAUGAUGGAGAUGUACAUGAACAGUCUUGAGGGUCGGGAGCUGAGGCACAACAACACCACCAUCACUGGCAUGGACUUCGGCAUCAAGCAGAGGCUUUUCAAGUAUUACCUGGCAAAAGAUGCAAUCUACCCCGUGCUAGCGGUUGCCUCCCUUCUUUUCACUAUGGCUCUUUAUCUCCACUCUCUUUUCCUAGUAGCAUUAUCCCUGAUAGCAAUCACAGGCUCCCUCCUGACCUCCUAUUUCUUCUAUAAAGUAGCGUUUGGCCUGACAUUCUUCCCGCUGGUUAACCUCUCAGCAGCUCUUAUUCUCUUGGGGAGUUGCUCUAAUCAUGUAUUCAUCUUCGCCGAUUUCUGGAAUCUGCAGCUAUCGCAGAAUCCGUCCGCCUCACUCGAGAAGAGGGUAAACAGAGCUUUGCAGGAAGUCGGGUAUUUAAUUUUAGCGUCGGGGUUGACCUCCAGCGCGGCAUUUUUCUCCGGUUAUCUCAGCAGCAUCACAGUCAUCCGAUGUUUCUCUGUUUAUUUGGGAACUUCCUCGUUCAUCAGCUCCAUCGUGGCGCUAGUUUGGCUGCCGUGCUCUUUCACGCUGCGCGAGCGCCACAUGGAAGCGUCCUCUGCGUCCGUAGCCGUGCAGGGAUGGAAACCAUGCUGCUCGAAGAACGCCGGGGGCUUCUGGGAUACGAGCUUGCGCAAGAGAUGCCUCUUCGCUCUCGGGCAGAAGCUGAGAGAAUUAAAAAGAGGUCUCAGUGACACUUCCAAUUUGUUGUUUCUGAAAAUCCUGCCCUGUGGAGUGGUGAAGUUUAGGUACAUCUGGGUGUGCUGGUUUGCAGUGCUGGCUGCCGGAGGCACCUACAUGUCCUGCAUUGAUCCAGGCAUGAAGCUGCCCACCUUAAACAGCAGGGUGGCCCAGCUUUUCCGCUCCAAUCACCCGUUUGAAAGGUAUGACGCAGAGUAUCGUCACAUGUUUAUGUUUGAGAGACGGAGGAAUGGCGAAGAAAAAGCCGUUGAGUUAAGGCUCGUUUGGGGUGUCAAACCAACUGAUGACGGGGAUCACUUCGACCCCAAGAGCAACGGCUCUUUAAUUUUUGACCCGGACUUUAACAUGAGCCGGCCAGACGCACAGGUUUGGUUGAGGGAUUUUUGCGGGCGGGUUCAGAACCAAAGCUUCUACUCCCCUCCGUCACCUGAGGAUAAAGACGUUACGACAGACAACGUCUGUCUCGUGGAGCAGCUGACGCGGUGGGUGUCUGUCAGACGCUGCUCAGAGAGCGAUGACUCCCUCCGUUUUUGCUGCAAUGACAUCCCUUUCCCCUACCCCCCUAGCGUUUUUGAGAAGUGCCUCAGUAAGAUGCUGGUGGAGCGGUAUGCUGAAGGCCAUCUGGCCCACAGCGGAGGCCUGUACUUCCAGCCAGAUGGCAGGGUCGCUGCCCUGGUGUUGUCAUUCAAGACCACAUACCUCUACAGCUUUAACUUUAGCCGGACCAGUCUAUUCUACAGAGAAACCCUCAGAUGGUUUGACAGAGAGAUGUCAGGCGCGCCCCGAGGGCUGGAGAACGGCUGGUUCAUCAGUCACCUGUCUCUUUUUGACCUGCAACAAGCUUUGAGCUCAGAGACUCUGGUGAUAGCUGGCUUCUCAAUAGCCCUCACGUUCGCUUUGCUUUUCUUAACCACCUGGAGUAUUCUGCUGAGCAUAUAUGGGACCGCAGCUGUGGGAGGGAGUGUUUUUGUCACCAUCAGCCUCCUUGUCCUUCUUGAAUGGCAACUGAGUGGCAUCGAAGCUCUGUUUAUAUCAGCAGCAGCAGGGCUGUCUGUUGACUUUGUUGCCAACUACUGCAUUUCCUACAGCAUGGCUCCUCAUUCAGAUAAAAUUGGCAAAGUAGCACACUCAACUAAAAGAAUGGGAUGUCCUGUAGCCAUAGUUUCUGGUGCAUUUUUUUCAAUGGGGAUCAUCAUGUUGCCCGCCACGGUCUUGCCAUUCCGAAAACUUGGGAUCUUCCUCUUUUUGGUGAAAUGUGUAGCAUGUGGAUUCGCAACCUUCUUUUUCCAGUCCCUGUGCUGCUUUUUUGGACCCCAGAAAAACUGCGGCAGGAUCUUGCUGCCAUGUUUCUCGGACAGCGACGACGGCGUGCUGUCCUCUUGCACGGCAGCAGAGCCCGGUUCCUCGCCACCCAACGGGGCCUUCGGCCGAUCUAGAGGGAGGAGGAGCUAUGACAAAGAAGCAGGUGGCUAUCUCUACCCUGACCACCAAUGUCAGCCGAGGCAGAAACACACUGGAGCAGGGGGAGGCGAGGGCAGAGGGCCUGAGCAAUACGAGCUGCAGCCAUUGGCCUAUCGACUGAGCGACAGCUUUGAAAACAGCACGUGCACCAGCAAGCUGUCCAACCGGCCGUCCGUGCUCUCCGAUGAGAUCGAUUACUGCGGGCGGGAAGCGUGCAGGAAUAGCGUAGGUGGGGACAGUCGGGAGACGUGCAGUCGUCAACACAACAGCUGCCAGCAGCCUCCGGCCCUUCAGACUUCGUCUCCGUACAGAGCGAACACCCUUCGGCCCGAAGACGUGGGCAAGGACAAACAGCUGUGUAGAACAUGCAGAGGUCAGCCUGGUCGGGUAAAGCACUGGAGCAGUACGACGUUCUCCUCAUCCUCCAGCAUGGAGGACACCAUCAUCAGCCACACACAGGAGACCAUCGACCAGCCAUCUCAAAGCAAAGACGACCAAACCACAGAGGAGAGCCUAUAUCAGCAUCACCCCUCUAGCAAGGGCCACCUCUCCUCCCUGUCACGGAGCUCGUGCGAGGGUCCUAAUGAGACGUGCCUCACUGACACCGAGCCGGGGCCUUCUAGUAGGGGGCAAAAUGAAGGCCGGGAAGAGGUUCAGUUAAGACCAGGACAUCUAAACGGUAAGAGAGAAACGCUUCGUCUCUCACUGAAAGAAACAGUGUACGAGACUUGUAAUAAGGGCCGCACAAGUCAGAGUGAAGAAGUUGUGAUCUUACCCAACAGUAAGCCAGACCUGCCUGACGUUUGGAUAAAGAGAGACGGACAACGGGAGGACACGUGUUGAGCAAAGACCGUAUGAUAACAUGGGC